CAUCACCACCUUCACGCCAUCACCAGAUCAGACUCGCCAAGGCCAAACAAUACAGCGCCAUCUGUGAUUAAGCCAUCUACCAACAGUGCAGUCCAAAAGCGCUUCCAUCAUCGUCGAAUUACAACUCGAGCACCGCUCAAACACCAGAGCCAUGUCUCUCCGCAUUGUCCCUUCUUCCAACAACCCUUCCCACUCACAUGCCAACAUUGGCGCCCCUUCUGCGCCAGGUGUCCACGACACUUUGCGGGCCAACCUCAGUCUCAGCACACCUGCCCCGAAAACAACCUCAUCCGGCGCAUCAAUAACCCUCCAAUCCGCCCACCCUCUCGAGAACCGCCUCUCUAACUGGCGGAACCAACAAGACAGCCUCAAAUACAACCUUCUCCGUCAGCAGUAUGGAAUUGCAGAGCCCGUCAAGCGUCAAAUGGAACUAUCGAUUGUACGCGCUGGAGAGUGGAGACCUAGUAUCUUGGGAGGAGGAUUUGGGGCGGGAAUGGGUGGAGUCCAUGCGGACGUGUUGAGCGGACGAGACUGCGAAAUCAGUUGGGAAGAUGUGUUUACUGGGGAGGAAUUGAGAGAUUCGGUGGACUUUCACUCGGAGAUGGAGGGAAGGUUUAAGAUGAACGUCUGGUAGAGAGGAUAUAUAUUUCUCUCGAGAACCACUCUUGCUGGGUCCGAGACAUAGAAUGGUGUAAAAUGGCGAGGACCUUACCAAGUUUUGGGAAAUCCUGCUACGGUUCCUUCUUACAUAUGCUGGGUGAACAUCCAUACCGCCUAGAAUGGUCGGUGCAUAGAUGGAGUCGCGGCUAGGCGUUUGCUGUAUAAUAUCAUUUGUGCUCGUGCCCGCAUAGUGCUGAGAUGGCUACUGUCACUGCAAGGCUAACCGGAGUGAUAUCGAAUGUAUAAGAAAGAUUU